GUUAUUUAAACUGCACCUUAGCUACAGUUUUCUCUUAACUGUGAACAUGGAGUUGGUUGGUACACUUGUGUUGACGGUGAUCAUUUUAGCUCUGCUGAUUGUGUUUUUACGGAAGGACUCGGCUCGUUUCUCAAAGAUGCCGCCCGGUCCGACCGCACUGCCAUUGAUCGGUAACUUGCUGCAGGUGAAUGGCAAAGUACCCCAUAAAACUUUCUUAAAGAUGAGUGAAACCUACGGACCUGUCAUGACGAUGCAUCUGGGUCCAAAACGCGUGGUAGUUCUGGUCGGGUUUGAAGCUGUGCAUGAGGCGCUGGUGCGCAAUGGGGAUGCCUUUGCUGGGAGACCAGAAAUACCUCUGUUUUCGUUGGCGACGGAUGGCUUCGGUUUGGUCCUCAGUAAUGGUGAGCGCUGGAGACAGCUUCGGCGCUUCUCUCUGGCUACACUGCGUGACUUUGGGAUGGGGAAGAGGAGCAUUGAAGAAUGGAUCCAGGAGGAGGCAAAUCAUCUUGUUGCAGAAUUUGAGAAACAUAAAGGUUGUCCCUUUGAUCCCACCUACACCCUAUCCCGUGCCGUGUCCAAUGUUAUUUGUUCUAUUGUGUUUGGAAGGCGGUUUGACUACGACGAUAAAAAGUUUAUUCAUCUCCUGACUCUGGUGAAAAUCAUUGUCCCUCAACUCAGCGUCCCUAUGGCCCAGCUCUACAACAUCUUUCCACAACUCUUCAGUUUGCUGCCUGGACCCCACCAAAAUAUUUAUGAAAAAAUGAAAGAAUUAAUGGUAUUUAUUUCUGAGAUGGUGGACUACCACAAAGAGACUCUAAACACCAACAACCCUCGGGAUUUUAUUGACAAUUUCCUCAUCAAAAUGGAGCAGGAAAGAAACAACCCAGCAACAGAGUUCAAUUCUAAGAACUUAAUGACAACACUGAUAAAUCUUUUCGUCGCUGGAAUUGAUACAACAACUACCACUCUGUCAUUUGGAAUGAUGGUUUUCAUCAAGUAUCCCAAAAUACAAGAAAAGGUUCAUAUGGAAAUAGAUGAUGUGAUUGGUCAAGAGCGCCCCCCAUGCAUGGAGGAUCGCAAGAAGAUGCCCUACACUGAUGCUGUGAUCCAUGAAAUCCAAAGAUUUCUUGAUAUUGCUCCUUUGAAUUUGCCUCAUGCCACAACUAAGGACACGGUCUUCAGGGGCUACACCAUACCACAGGGAACCCCAGUGUUACCUUUGCUUCACUCUGUGCUCUUUGACAAGUCACAGUGGGAAACGCCAUACACCUUCAAUCCCAGACAUUUUCUUGAUGAGAAAGGUGGCUUCAAAACGAAUCCGGCUUUCAUGCCCUUUUCUACAGGGAAGCGAAUCUGCGUAGGGGAGGCUCUGGCUCGGAUGGAGUUGUUCCUGUUUUUUACCACUCUACUGCAGAAAUUCACAUUCUGGUCUAAUGAUGACCCCAAGAACAUCAGUCUCGCUCCAAGUGCAAGUUCCUUUACAAAUGUUCCUCGGAUCUACAAGAUUCUGUUCACUCCUCACUCCAGCAUGGAUCUAUUCAGCACACUGAUUCUAGCUGCUGUCAUAAUCGGAUUGAUUUUUAUCAUGUUCUUAAAAAAAUCAAACCUUUAUGCUAAGAUGCCACCUGGCCCAACACCCCUCCCAUUAAUUGGAAAUAUGCUUCAGGUGAAUAGCAGGACUCCCCAUGAGAGCUUCAUGAAGCUGAGUGAAACGUAUGGACCUGUGAUGACAGUGUACCUUGGCCCACACCCAAUGGUUGUUUUGGUUGGACUACAGGCAAUUGAAGAAGCGCUGUUGCAGCAGGCAGAUGCAUUUUCAGGGAGAGCAUGUCUACCAAUGUUUAAGAAGCUCACAGAUGGGUUUGGAGUGGCCUUUACUAAUGGAGAGAACUGGAAACAACUUCGUCGGUUUUCUAUAAAAACACUCAGAGAUUAUGGAGUAGGUAGGCGUAGCAUUGAGGAGUGGAUCCAAGAAGAAGCACAAAACCUUGUAAAGGAAUUCAAGAAAUAUCAAGGUUCUCCCUUCGACCCUAAAGUCAUUCUAAGCUGUGCUGUUUGCAAUGUCAUCUGCUCUGUUCUGUAUGGAAAACGUUUUGACUAUAAGAAUGCCAUUUUCACUCACUUGGUGUCUGUGGUUACCACAGUGAUUGCUCUCCUUAGUACCCCGAUGACACAGUUGUACAAUAUAUUUCCUAACCUGUGUAAAUUCCUGCCUGGAUCUCAUAAAGAAUUGUUCAAAAAAAUAGAAGAAAUGAACACCAUAAUCAAAUCAACGAUCUUAGAAUGCAGUGAAAAUCUGAGCAAUGACACCCCUCAGAAUUUUGUCGACAGUUUCCUUCUUAAAAUGAAAGAGGAAAAAGAAAAUCCCAAUAGUUCUUUCACCUAUGAUGAUUUACUGGGAACCAUUUCAAACCUCUUUAUGGCUGGUACAGAGACUACAAGCACUACUUUACGAUAUGGACUGAUGCUUCUCAUCAAGUACCCCCAUAUCCAGGAAAAUAUUCAAAAAGAGAUUGAAGCUGUCAUUGGUCAUAAACGUAGCCCCUGUAUGGAGGAUCGGAAGAAGAUGCCAUUCACGGAUGCUGUAAUUCACGAGAUCCAGAGGUUUAGUGAUCUGCUGCCUUUGAAUGUAAUCCACACCACCACCAAAGACACCAUUUUUCAAGGAUACUUCAUUCCAGGGGGUACCAUGGUGUCCCCUUUGCUUCAUUCAUUGCUGUUCGACAAGACAUUGUGGGAAUCUCCUAACUCCUUCAAUCCCGGUCACUUUUUGGAUGAGCAUGGUCACUUCAAAAUGAAUCCUGCGUUCCUUCCAUUUUCUACAGGAAAGAGAAUCUGUAUAGGUGAACACCUGGCCCGCACAGAACUUUUCCUAUUUAUGACCACCCUACUGCAGAACUUUUCUUUCCGUUCCAUCGAGGAUCCAGAGCACAUCGACCUAACUCCAGAUGAAAGUUCUUUUGUAAAAGUGCCACGGCCUUACAAGCUCCUGAUAUGCCCUCACCACUGACAGCUGAGCACUGAAACUUUUAGAAAAUCCACAAAAUUCACCUUAUGUUCUGCCUUCAUUUGUUCUUAUUAUUUUAACUUAAACAAGCUUUUAUAUCUGUGUCUUUUGUGGAAGAUGAAUGUUCUCUUCGUUCCCUUGUACUAAUUCAUGUCUGAGAAAUAAGCUUUAUGAAACCAUACAUUAUAUAAAAGCAUGCUUUGCUGAGCAAACAGAAAAAUAUUUGUCCAAAAGACUUGAGGUCUAAGCAUUCCACACAUGAGUCUGCCUUAUCACGUUUUCCCUUAU